CAACUUUUUUCUCUGUGAUUACUACAAAAGAUCUGGGGUAUCACCCACAUUAAUAGGAGACAUUUUUGUAUAUAUUAUUUCAUACCUCUUAUACUCUCUACAAAUAAAACGAUAUGGUUUACCGCUUUAUAUCAUGACGAAUACAAUUACAGAGAUCUGGCAACCUGAAACGUUUUACCCGGUGAAUGUUGAACGAGAUAAAGCAAUAACGAACAAAAGAACAAUGAUCAAAACUCGAAAGUGGACAAAGAGAAACGAUCGCCUUGGCGCAGUCGUAGAGAAGAAGAGUGUACGAGCAAAGUAGGGCUUAAAUGUAGUACGCGGUAUGGCAGAGGAUUAUUUCCGCGAAUUCAGCUGAAAAAAUAUCAAAAAGUAAAAAUUGUAUUCCUAAUAUUUGCUCGCAAAAUUAAUAACCAGGUGAAUUAAAGGGUAUAAUGAAACACAAUAAAUACGAAAAGUUAAUUAAAUAAAAUAUCCAAAGACAUAAGUGCGUGUUUAUACAUUUGUGGAGUAAUGAGUAACGAAAUAAAGCACAAAACAACAAGUAGAUGCCGAAAUUACAUUGAUCGGACGAAACGUCGGGGUAGGGGCAAAUAUGAAUGAGUCUGAAAUUCCUAGAAUUGAGACCUGCUAAAUUCGUUUGGAUACUCUUCGUUAAUUCGUUCAAACAUGUAUUUUGUGAAAUGCAUCUUCCCUUCAUCACAGUGACAUUUUAAAAAGUGAUAAGAGGUAUUCUAAAUAAUUUGAUAAGCUGUUGACGUUAGAAAAAAUCUAAUGCUUAUCCGAUAAAGGAUCUCUUGUACAUUGAAAUCUAAGACGAGGCAAUGCAGCCCGAUCUCCUUUUAAAUAUGUAUAUGUGAUAAAUACGUAAAAAAGAGAAACAAGUGGUGCUUUAAUCAAGAUAAAAAAAGUUAUAUAACUUCGUUGGAAUCAGCUUUUGCCGCAGACAUGAACCGAUCCUCACAUGGUAGCAUUCGUUCAUCUUCUUCUACGGUUUGCAGUAGCAAAUCAUUUCAAAGUAGAAUGGAUAAGGUCUCCGAAAGGCUGUAUGAUAUUGUUAAAAGCGGAUCGAUGGUAAAACGAGCUCAGAAUAAAAAACGUUUUACACCAGUCAACUAUAAACAACGAUGGUUUGAACUCACCAAGAAGUCAUUAUCCUAUUUUGACGUGGAAAAUAUUGAACGUCGUCGGGAGCGUGGUCGAGUUCCAGUAAAAGGUGUUCGCUUGGUUGAAACUGCUAUUGUUAGCGGAGAGGGUGGAGAUCCUUUUGCACCAAACGGAUUUCCGUUUCAAGUUGGUUAUUGUGAGUCAUCCAAUGAUCAACAGCUAUCAGGACGCUCUGUACCACAAUAUAUUUUAUAUUUAUUAGCGAGUAGUGAAAGAGAACGUGAUGAUUGGAUACGUGCCAUAAGAGAGGUUUGUGAAGAAACAAAUACGCCGAAAUCAUAUCGCUUCCAUCCGGGUCUUUGGACCGGUAAAAGGUGGUCCUGCUGCAAAGGAAUAAGUCGAGCAACGUUCGGAUGUCAGGCUGCGACCCAUUGGUUGGAAGCAAAUAAUAAUCCAAGUACAGGAAGCUCUCCUGCCCAGAACACCACGCGUAGUAGUAGUCCGAACAACUCCACCUCGACCAGUCAAUUUAAUCUGCAUCAUAAUAGUUCCGGAAGUUUGGGGAGCUCGACACCUACAUCUGCACCGCUACAACCUUCGGUUACCACCUUUAAGCAAUCACCAAAUAUUUUGAAUAGCGGCGCUACAUCGUUGGACAACACAAUGCCGGGAGGUAUUCCAACACCGGGUACUCCAAAUUCUAAGUCUAAGGAUAAUUCACAUUUCGUCAAAGUUGUGGUGGCUCUUUACCCGUUCAAAGCAAUUGAAGGUGGUGAUUUAUCGCUCGAGAAGAAUGCGGAAUAUGAAGUGAUUGAUGAUUCCCAAGAGCACUGGUGGAAAGUAAAGGACGCUUUGGGCAAUGUGGGCUAUAUACCGAGUAAUUACGUUAAGCCGAAAGCUUUACUAGGCUUGGAGCGUUAUGAAUGGUAUGUUGGCGAUAUGUCUCGCCAACGCGCUGAAUCUCUUUUGAAACAGGGUGACAAAGAAGGUUGUUUUGUUGUGCGGAAAUCAUCCACAAAAGGUUUAUACACGUUGUCUUUACAUACCAAAGUUCCACAAUCUCAUGUGAAGCAUUAUCACAUCAAGCAAAAUGCGAGAGGCGAAUACUAUUUGAGUGAGAAACAUUGCUGCGAGACCAUACCAGACCUUAUAAACUAUCAUCGACACAAUUCCGGGGGAUUAGCGUGCCGUUUAAAAUCAUCGCCUUGUGAUAGACCAGUUCCACCAACUGCUGGGUUAUCCCACGAUAAGUGGGAAAUUCACCCAAUGGAGUUAAUGCUCAUGGAAGAGCUUGGUUCGGGACAAUUCGGUGUGGUACGACGAGGAAAAUGGCGCGGAUCCAUUGACACUGCUGUUAAAAUGAUGAAGGAGGGCACAAUGUCCGAGGACGAUUUCAUUGAGGAAGCCAAAGUGAUGACCAAAUUGCAACAUCCUAACCUUGUGCAAUUGUAUGGCGUUUGCUCGAAGCAUCGUCCUAUUUACAUUGUUACCGAAUAUAUGAAACAUGGAUCAUUGUUGAACUACUUGCGCCGGCAUGAGACCACACUGAUUGGGAACAUGGGUUUGUUGUUGGACAUGUGUAUACAGGUCAGCAAAGGCAUGGCUUACUUGGAACGCCACAAUUACAUUCAUCGUGAUUUAGCCGCACGUAAUUGUCUCGUAGGUUCGGAAAAUGUCGUAAAAGUCGCAGAUUUCGGUUUGGCUCGUUAUGUUUUGGACGACCAAUACACAAGCUCAGGUGGCACUAAGUUUCCUAUUAAAUGGGCACCGCCGGAGGUGUUGAACUAUACGCGUUUCUCUUCCAAAAGCGAUGUCUGGGCAUAUGGAGUACUUAUGUGGGAAGUGUUCACCUGUGGCAAAAUGCCUUACGGCCGUCUCAAGAACACCGAAGUGGUGGAACGCGUCCAACGUGGUAUUAUAUUAGAAAAACCAAAGUCAUGUGCAAAGGAAAUAUACGAUGUUAUGAAGAAAUGCUGGUCUCACGGUCCGGAAGAGCGCCCCUCAUUCCGCAUUCUCAAGGAGCAACUAGCCCUCGUCGCUCAAACACUAACUGACUAAGCUUCAGCAGAGUUUAUCGAUGCGACAUCAGUGAUUGUCGAAUUAUGUACUGAGUUAAUUUAUAUAGAUAUUAGCUAAGUAAUCAAGGAGUGAAAUGUUAGGAAGGAAAAUAGAGUUUGCCAAAAGCUUAUUCUUUAGAAACAAGUAAAUGCUAAGUAAAGUAAUCAAACUGCUAAUAUGAAUUCAUAAUAUCAUCCAUCUCUUAAAGUAGUCAAUACUUUUGUGGAAACUAAACAAAAAUAUAUAAGUAGGAAUAUAAAACAAGUCAAAUAAUUAAAAAAAUAUGAAAAAACACAAACACCUUCAUAUUAAGAAUAACGCUCUUCGCAAAUGUGCGAUUUGAGAAAGCAUUCGAAAUAUUGUCAAGCUGACUUAAAUACAUACUAUACAUAAGUAUAUGAAUGCAUCCUAAAAUGUUUGUAAUUUUUUCAACUAGCCAGCCACGUUAAUUAAAAAAAUGAACAAUUGAAAGAGAGAUUUUUGAACUAUUUUUAGUAAGAAAUAACGUUUAGUAUGCUUUUUUAUUGUGCUUUUUACUUUUAUAUACACAAAAAUGAACGUAUGUAAACAAAAACUAAAUUUAGAUAUAAAUAACGUAAUUCGAAUAUUGAAACUGAUUAAAUAUAAUGCCUAUGGAUAUCUUAAAUGUAAGUCAAGACGCCAUGUAUGAUGUGAGAAUAGAGUUCACAUUGAAGAAUUUAUGUAUUAUUUCAUAUUUUUCCGUACAAAACUACGGCAAGUUGAGUAAGAGUAAAAAUAUAUUUAAAAAUCGCAUAUACAAGUGCAUAGGAAUGAUUUCUUUUAUAAAAUAUAUACCUAUGCAGGUAAACACUCACCGUUCUAAUAUCUGUUUUGGUUUACAUAUUUCCAUGUAUGUGUAUAUGCCUACAUGGGUAAAGAACAUGAACGAACACAUUUAUUUUUAAGUCGCAUUGUGUGCGCAUAGUAGUUAUGAAUUAAUAUAAAUUCUUUUGUGAUUUACUUUUAAUAUUUGCAGAUAAAAGUGAAACUUGAAUGCACCUUAUGCGUAUAGCAACCGCCUGUAUUAUUCAAUUAAACAUAUACAUUUGUAUAUAUGUGUAUUUGAAAACAUUAUAUAUUUAUGUAUGGGUGUAUUUUGCGAUAUUUCAAGUUUUAUUUGAUAAAUAUUUGUAAAACUAUGAUUUACAUUACUAUUUUGAUGUACAAUUACAUAUCCGUUUAUUCAUAUACAAACAUGCAUAUGUGUUUCUGUGUUAUGCAUUUGUACGACACGCAAUAUCCAAGCAUUGGUUUUUUUAUUAUUCGUAUUAUCAAUGUUUUAGUUGUAUUUAAAUUAUUUUGUAAGAUGUAAUGAGAAAAUAACGAAUAAAAACAUACAUACGCGUUUUUAUCAGCA